AUGUCUAUUUAAUUUUUUCCAAAUGUUAUUUAUUUUUUUCUAAAAACAAUCUUUAAACAUCAAUUUAAAUUUGAUUAUGAUCUUUUCCUAAGAUUAAAAAAGUAAUUAACUACAAUUAUUAAGAAUAAUAAUCUUAUUUGUCUUUUUUUUCUUUUUUUUCUUUAAUUUAUUUAACUAUAUUAUCAACAAUUUCUUUUUCUUUCAAAAUAGUUUAUCCCUUUUGCAAAAAUUACAAAUAACUUGAAAGUUUUUAUUCGAUUUAAUUUUAUUCAGUAAAAUCUGUUAUAUCUUAAGCAUUUCUAUAUUAUUUAUCAAAUAAAUUCCAAUUUUCUUAAAUUUAAACAAAUUUUGAAUCUUCUUAUAAACCUAUAUUUUUAUAAUUCUCUUCAACAUUCUUUUUAUAAUUGUUAAUUUUAUAUUAAUCAUUUUAAUCAAUUUUUUAUUAUAAUUAUUCAAAAUCAUAGUUGUUUUGUUUAAAAUCAUCAUAAAUUUUAAUAAAAAGAUUAUCAUCAAUUUAAUCAGUAUUUUUUUAGUUAUCUUUUUAUAAUUAACCAAGUUAUUAUUAUAAUUAUUCUUAUGAUAUGGGAACAUUAUUAAAAUUUAUUUUAUUUUAAGAUUAUCUUUAUUCUUCUUCUUUUUAUAUUUCCUUAAGUAUUUUUUCUUCUUAUUCUUAAUCAAUUUAGAGUUUUUUAGUAUUAAUAUUACCCUUAUUAUUUUACAAUAAACGUUCUUCUAAUUCUUUUCUUUAUUUUUCUUACUCUUCAUCAAAUUUUUAUUCUUCUUAUUUUUAUUAUUAUAUCUCCAGAUCUAUUUCUUAUUUUAUUUUGUCAUCAUAUUCUUUUGUUUUUUAUUUCAAAAAUUGUAUUAAUUUAUUAAUAGAAUUUUAUUAAUCAUUAAAAAAGUAAUUCAAAUUUUAUUAUUGCCCAUUAAAAUGAUUAUAAGCUUAUGAAACAAGUUUAUUAUUUUAGUUUUUAUUAUUAUCGUCUUAUAAUUUUUAUCCAAUUUAAUCUUCUAUUAUUUAAAAAUCUUCAUAAUUUAGUAAAAUUAUUUUUUUUAUAUUAUUCUUGA